AACAAGCGCGGCCAGCAGCAGAAGGAAGCAGGCCAGCAAGCAGCUCUCUCGACAAGGCGUUUAUUUUAGUUCAGAGUCAACAUGGCAACUGUUGGUGUCGGAGCCUUUUUGCUCGUGCUGCUGGCCUUUGUCGGCGCCGACGACGCCACCGACUCAAAGGUGCACCUGAAGGUCUACUAUGAGUCGCUGUGCCCUGACAGCGUUCGAUUUGUCAGGAACCAACUGAUUCCCACCUGGAACUCGCUCGGCGGAGACUACCUUCAAAUUGACUUCCUGCCUUUUGGCAAAGCCAGGAGCUCGCGGAAACCAGGAGGCGGUUUGUCCUUCACCUGCCAGCACGGGCCCCGCGAGUGCGCCGGCAACAUGGUGAUGGCGUGCGGCCUCAGCAACCUCCUCACCGACCACGACCUCAGGGUGAAGUUCGUCGGCUGCGUCAUGAGCAGCUCAGACCCACCCAGCGCUGGAGCCAAGUGCGCUCCUACCGUUGGCCUGGACUACAGUGUGAUCGAGGAGUGCAUGGACUCUCCAGCUGGCGAGGCUCUGCUCUACAACUACGAGCAGCGCACCCUGAAACUCUACCCUAAAGGCCUUCCGUUUGUGCCCACCAUCACCAUCAACGGCAAAUUCGACCAAGACGCUCAGGAUGCUUCUUUGAGGGACCUGAAGUCGGUUGUGUGCGCCUACAUUCCUGAGUCUGCCAGACCGGCGCAGUGUCUUUGAAGGAUUUUUGUCAGAGCAAUUUUUAAAUGAUUAUUUUUGCAGGAGAAUUAAUAAAAAAUAAUUAAAAAAUCAAAA